GCGAAUGUGAUCAUGUCGAUACGAAGAUUUUGCUGCGCCUAUAGAAAAAUGUUUAAUCAAUAAGAAGAAAUAUCGGUAGUGCGAGUUCAGUGCUUUUUGUUGCUUUCAUCGAAAUAGUAAAACAAAUAAAAGAAAAACCAAAUUCAAAGAUAAAACAAAUUUGGGUAUCUUACGAAAAAUUACAAGCAACAAAAUAUGUCUAAAUGUAGAAGAAUUAAAAAAAGAGUGUUAAUUAAAAUAAAUAAUCGUUGUGAGUGAUUUUCUUGACGCUGCUGUGGCAAGUGAAAGCUUUGAAUUAAUAAAGAAAAGAAGUUACGUUACGCUCAAGCGUUAAUUGCUUUGUCCAAAGCAAAACCGAAAAAAAAUAAAUUGUUUAAAGCAAUUAAUGAAAUAAAGAAAAUACGGAAAGGUGAAAAUAGCCAAAAGUCCACAACCAAAAGAAAAAAAAAAUGCUGCAUUUAAAAUAAAUGAUCAUAGAGCAAAGUGAAGUUUUGGUUCCCAAGUCGUGGCGCCUCUUCCAGCUGAAGCAAAGAUAUCGUUAAACAAAAAACAAAGUCUCACAAUUUCAUAAUAUUUAAAAUUAAACAUCACACAUACACACACACAAGCAUAUACUUACAAACACACUCAUACAAAAUGAUCCGUCCCAAGCAAUUAUUAUCAUUUUCACCGCAAGCAACAAAAACCAGAACAACAACAUCAACAACAAUGUGGGUCAUUGUCCAGUUUUGUUUGAUUUUCUUACAAAUCUUGGCGACAGCAAUUCCCCCCGUUCACUGUGAUAAAGAUUUUCCCUCAACAAACUCAACAGCAGCGGCAGCCAUAGUAGCCGCCGCAUCCUCCAUAUCUGCGAGUCAAGGGAGCAAUGCCAUAGCCAACAGCCCCAGCAACAACGAUAAACUAUUACAUCGAGUAGCGCGUUUAACAAAAGUCGACUAUACAUUGCUCAGCAAUGAUGAGGCCAACAAUAAUAGUCGAAGCCACAAUGCUGGCGGUUGGCAUCCCUACAAUUCGGCAGCUUACUUGGCCUCGAAUGGCCUGCGUACUCCGCUCAAACCGCAAAAGUUCUACACAAAAGAAGAACGUUUUCCUUCGGGCAACGGUGCGAAGGGGAAAAAUGCAAAUAUGGUCACUUUGAAUCUAGUCACGGAGCCAAGGAAAGACAUUUGCAAUGGCCAUUGUCAGUGUGAGAAGAAAAAUGCCUUCACCACGGUCAUCUGCGAUUUUAGAAAGAAUUCAAAGUUAAAUCCUAUCUUUGACAAGACCUUCAAAAUGCCUGAAUUAGCCAAAAGCCUUGUAGUGAAACUUGGCCCCAAAACAUUUUUUCGCCUGCAGGAAGGUUUCUUUCACAAUGACACCAUCAAUCGUUUCAUUAUUGAGGGCAAUAUGAGUGAAUAUGAGAAAGUGGAAAUCGGCACAGAUGCCUUCCAGGGUAACAAUGGUCCAUUUCCUGAAAUAGCCUUUACCAAUGUAUUUGCCAUCAUCAUAUUACAAAGGGCUUUCAAGCAAGCGAAUUCUGAAAGUUGUAAACUGAAUGUGACAAAUAGCAAUGAUGUCUUGCUAUUUGAAAAUUCAUUUGAGAAUACACAAAUCAAGGGCACUUUUGUGGGCAUUAAGGAUUUGAGAAUAUCCGAAAAAGCAUUUACUUCGGCACAAGCUAGGCUUCACAUUGAAUCCUCAAAUAUCGAUAACAUUUAUCGCUUCGAUGCCUCCAUACGUGAAAUAAAAUUUGUAAAAUGUACCAUAGGCACCAUAAAUCCAGGAGCUUUUGAUGUCAACAACAUACAUUCGAUUAUUUUUGAAUCGUGUCGAAUUGAUGCCAUUAAAUCAAGAGCAAUUACAGAGAAGCUCUAUAGUGAACAUGUCUCCAUAACUGGAGCCUCCAUUGGCCUUAUCGAAAGUGAUGCAAUUUAUGGUAGUGGCAUUAAAGAGCUAAAAAUUACCAACAACAAAAUCGAUACCAUUUCCGAAAAUGCAAUCUACGUGACAUCCAUUUAUGUCAACAUAUCGGGUAAUAACGUCAAACACCUGGGCACCAAGUGGCUACACGUCAAAGACUGGAAUCGCGUCACGGUUACCGGCAAUCAAUUCGGCGUUUUUGGUCACAUGCUUUUGGAGAGUAGCAAAAGUAGCGAGAGUUGCGCAUUUGAGUCCAACUCCUUGACCAGCCCGCAGGAUGGUAGUUUGAAUUUCACCAAACCCUAUUGCCGGGUACGAGAGAUCUCGGUUAAUAAGGCCUGUCGUUGUGAUACUCAGUGGCUGGAGCGUUUAUCCGAUCAUGAUCUAAGAUCGGAAAUCUAUUGCACCAUAGAUGACAAGCUGGGAAAUUGCUUCAAUGCCACCAUAUUGAACUUCCUCAAAUAUUACAAUGAAGUCUGUGAUGAUACCAAGACCAUUUUGGAUUGCAAGAAUAACAAGAAUUUGAAAAAGAUUCAGGGACGUUUCUUUACCGCAGAGGAAUUGGCUGCCAAGAAUAAGGAUUUGCCAGAACUCAUCAUAAUUGGGGCUGGAGUUUUGAUUUCCAUUAUCAUUUUAGUGUUAUUCGUAUGCUGUUUGUGGAGGCGUUUAACGAAGCAAUCCCAUGCUGACAAUUCGCAUGGACGCAGCCAUGUUCAUGAAUUCUCCCAGGAAGAGCGAGUGAUAAUCAAUCAAUCCUCGCAAUUGAUACAGAAAAAACAUCCGGAAUAUUAUAAAAAGUUCAAUGAACUUAUACAGAUCAUGUAUAUACAGGAUUUGCCGGAGAAGAAGUGCGUAAAGACGAUCAGUCAAAUUGUUAACCUCUUGAAUAAAGUGAAAAAUCCUGGCACUGACUUUAUGGCACUUAAUCGAGUGCUCACCGAACAUCUACAAUCGCCUUUGCCCACAGCACCACCGGCCGAUCAUACACCCAUAUACUCGGAGCCCAGCAUGACGGGGAUGGAUGAAGAUUUCAAUACCUCGACAACAUUUUCAGGCCUUCCAAGCGAUGGUUUCUUGGGUACUGUGGGAGCUGUUGGCGGGCCUGAACAUAUAUAUGCUGAACCUAGCUGUGCCCAACAGCCAUUGCUGCCCAACGAAUAUGCCUCACCGGCCGAUGGUCAUUUGGAAACCGUGGAUGUGUAUACGGAGCCCAUUAACGAAAGAGAAUCGAAUCUUACUACACCCUAUGCUGUAACAAGACCUCGACCCACAUAUCAAAGUCCAUAUAGGCCCAUGCCAUAUGCCACACCCCCGCGAACACAAUACACCCAUCAACAACGACAACUGCCAGACGUUUUGUCACAACAUAACACACUCAACCCUCAUCCUGCGACAAGAACUACAGCCCCUACCAAUACCAUAACGAUUGCGCGACGCAUGGCCCAAGAGUUGCAGGACAAAACUAAUUUUAAUCCCAUAGCAAAACCUCGUAACAUGCAUUUAGUAGCACCGCCCACUUACACCGCUCCCGAUAUAAGACAUAAGCAAUUAUUAAAAAAUCCCUUCACAGUAGCCGUAGGCGCUGGUAUUGCUGCCCGGGGACCCAGUGAAGAUAUCGAAUUGGAUAUGCGUGGUGCUACAGCAUUACCCACGGCCACAGAUUCGGGCUCAAAUCAUUCGGGUGGCAGUAAUGAGACCGUUCAAAUCGAUGAUGCCAUUCAAUAUGCAGACUCUUAAAGAGUGGCCAGUCAUUGAUAGAAAAUAUCGUAUUGUAAAUCUGCCAAACCAAGUCCUAGGUUUUGCAGCCAGUCAUAGGUUAUUGUUAUUGUUAGUGUUCCAGUCAUCGGCUGAUUUGAAUGUUUAUAAAUAGGGAAUGCUUUUGGGGGAAGAAUAUUGGAACAUUGUAUGGCAAUUGAACAAAACAGGAAAGUGUUUAACCGGGAAUUUUCAGAUUUCCUCAGUGUAACAUAAUUUUCCUACCAUGUAUGCUUCAUGGAAAUUCGAAAUAGGAAUUGUCUAGAAGAUGAUAAACUCCAUCAUUUAAGCUUACAAAAGUUAACUAAUCGUUAUUUCAACGAAACUCGAGAUGAAUUUCAUUGCUUUUUCCCACAGCAUGUACAGUCCAAAUUGGACAUAAGCCCAUUUUGCUUAGAUUAUCUAAUGCAAAGUUGUAUAACAAUUUUAACAUAGCAAUAACUAAACGUGAUUUAAAUGGUUUAAAUAUAGAUUCAAUGGUAACCCUAAAAGUAGGCCAGGAAAAUUAUUAGUAUUUUUAAUUUAUGUAUAAUGAUAGAAAAAUAAUACAACAAAAUAAGUUUUGAUAAAUUGAGUCCCUAUUUAAACCAGUUUUAAAUCUUAAUUCGCAAUCAGGAUCAUUUUGAAAGUAAGACAAUUAUACAACUUAUAUUCACAAAUGUCAUAUUAAAACAUUUUAAGAUAAUUUCUCUCACAAUUACAAAUUAUGAGAAAAUCGUUCUGGGCGAUGUUACAAUUUUUAAUUGCAUUUAAAGAAAUUAAUGUUUUUAGUUUGUUUUAAAAAUCCAAAUAGCGGCAUUAUUAAAAAUAUCCCAAAAAUAUGCAAAAAUUAUUUCUGUGUAACAACAUAAUCAGUGUUGCCGUUGUAUGACUGAAAGGGAAAUUUGAAAAAAAAAAAUUUUAGCGUUCCUAACUUAAUCUUCUUUACGACUGAAAUUAUAAUGUAACAAGGAAUCCCAGAACUUGUCUAUCAAUUUAAAAUUGAAGUAAAAUUUCGACAAUUUUAAAUUGAUAGAAAAUUUCUGUUUAUUUCAAAAAAAAAAAAUGUUAUAAAAAAAUGUAUUAUAAAAUGUUUAGAAAAUUUUGCAAAAAUUUUAUUUCUAUAGCAAAUUUAAUAUUCAAAGAAAAUAAAAAAAACUUUAUUUUUGCAUUUUUUUUUAAUUUAU